UGCCGUCCAUUAGUGAAGACCGAACAAGACAGUUGGGUAAGAUGGGCGCACGGGUCGUCCGAAUGUUCCGAAAUUUCAAUUUAGAAAACAGGGUUGUGCGAGAAAUCUCAAAAGAAAAGCCCCGAUCUGCACCAAGGCACAAGCUCACUCACCCGACCACUACUGAUCCAGGUGAAGCUGAGAUUUCAUCGGGUGCUGUCCACCAGAAGAACGACCCAUUAUUGUUAAAUUUGAAGUCGGUGUAUGUGGAGUCGAAAGAUGAAACUGCAAGUCCCGUUAAGUCAUUAAAGGAAGUGUCUGUGGACGGAGAAGCAAAGACCCGUCCGAUGAGGUUCACUCUUCCUGGCGAUUCACAUAGCCUAGCAAAUGUGGAAAACAUUCCUCACGGCAAACUGACCAUCAUGGAGGCUCUCAAGGCUCUUAGCAGCCAUCAGAGUCAGCCUCAAACGUGGACAUCACAGAGAAUUUCAGAAGAAUAUUCUCUGAAUUUGAAAGAGACUAAAUCUUUGCUUGAGUUUUUCGUUCCCUUUCAGAUUCAGAUUAUCCGACCCCAGAUUUCAAAUGUUAAACAAUUGAAGGCUUCAUAGGAGUGGAUCGUGAACAAAAUUGAUUUGGAACAAGUUUGUGUUCAACAUUUAACUUGAAUAUUUAUUUGAAUUAUUUUGAUUACCUGGUCUAUACAUCAGAUGUGUCUUGUGAGACAAAAGUUAUGAAUUGAACAAAGUACUAUUGCAAUAGUGUGUAAAAAAAAUUAUAAUAGUCACAUUGACAUGAAAGAAAAAUAAAUCUCUGAUGUCGAAUAACUCAA